CCAAAGAUAUGCUCUGCCUCCUCGUAUAUUCCCUUCUCCCUCGCUUGCUCUUCCUUCUUAUCUACUCUGCCGAAUCCCUCGGCCCACUCGAUAUCGUCUCCUCUCUCUCUCUUCCUUCUUUGACGCAUCUCUUCCUGCUGCUGUCCCCGCGACUUGAUCUCCCUGCAUUGCCUCUGGAUCGCUUAGCUAGAUAGGGAGGUCGUGGAUGUGAGCGUAAAGUUUGGAUCUUGGAGAUGAAGUUCGGGAAGAGCCUCAGCAAUCAGAUAGAGGAGACGCUGCCGGAGUGGAGAGACAAGUUCCUCUCCUACAAGGACCUCAAGCGGCGCCUAAAGUUCAUCGCCGCCGGAGAUAAGCCUGCGAAGCGGCCCAAGGUGGCCGAGGACGGCGCGGCUACCGGCCGCGCCGCUUCCUUAGUGACCCGGGAGGAGGAGGAUUUUGUGAGGCUCCUCGAGGCCGAGCUCGACAAGUUCAACACCUUCUUCGUGGAGAAGGAGGAGGAGUACAUCAUUCGCCAAAAGGAUCUGCAGGAUCGAGUUGCCGAGGCUGUCUCAAAGGAUUCUGAUGAGCAGCUGAUGAAAGUAAGGAAGGAGAUUGUGGACUUCCAUGGAGAGAUAGUCCUCCUCGAGAACUACAGUGCCCUCAACUAUACUGGGCUGGUAAAGAUACUGAAGAAGUAUGACAAGAGAACCGGAGCACUUAUUCGGCAACCCUUCAUCCAGAAGGUGCUGCAGCAGCCCUUCUUUACCACUGACCUGCUAAACAAACUUGUGAAGGAGUGUGAAACCAUGCUGGACCACCUCUUCCCUAAGAACGAACCACUGACAUCCACGGACGAUUGCGAUAGAGAGAAUGGAGAGCAUAAGCAAUCAAAACCCAGCUCGUCGCUGCCGCAAACAGCUCCAGAGCUCGAGGAGAUUGAAUACAUGGAGAGUUUGUACAUGAAGAGCACAAUUGCGGCAUUGCGGGCUCUGAAAGAGAUCAGGAGUGGAAGUUCCACCGUGAGCUUCUUUUCAUUGCCUCCCUUGCAGAGCAAUGGAAGGAAAAACAAGUGGAACAAUGUGCCUAUACUCGAACAAGCGGCCAAGUAAUGACAGAUAAAAUCUUCUUGGAGAUGCAAACACUAUCAUCGGUUCAUUCACAACUUUCUCUUCUCCUUUUCUUGUAUCUUGUAAUCUUUCACCUUCACCAGAUUUCAGAAUCCAGACCUACAAAAGAUGUAUGAUGUUGAAAUCUGAAUGUAUGCAAGGUUGAAUAGGAGAAAUUCUACUUGAUCUUUCA